AAACGUACUUAAAGCGAGCGACUAUCAGCUGGGGCUCUGUUUGCCAACUUUUGUCUUUAACUGAAGAAGGAAACCGAGUAAUUGUUAAGAACCAAAUGACAUAUUACAAUGGUUUAACGAUAUCCUGGAGGAGGCGAUGGGUAGCCCUCUGAUAAAGUGCCGUCAAAACAAUGUCUGAAAAUUGAAGUGAGCGCAGCCUUAAGGCCAGAACCAAAACUAAGGGCAUCCUGAAGGCCGACAAAGACCAAGGGACGUUGGUGAGCCUUUCAGUGUUCAUCUUCAAACCAUUGGAAAGUGGAGACCCUCAUGGAAAUGCAAUAAAUCCUUUUAGAACAGACCGGACCGAUGGCCGAAAUCUGGAUUUUCAAGACUCAAUCUUUAGGAGGCUAACCAUCAGAAGGUUACCAAUCUCCUUUGGAGUAAAAUCAGAUCAUUCGUGGUAUGGUGUUAGGUUUUUCAAUAAUCCCUUUUAAUGAAAACUGGUGAUUCAAUCUGAUCAAAUCAUUCUUUGAGUUAGAGGGUAGGAUUUUCAGAAGUGGCAAAGAGUGGCCCUUAAUUUCUUUCCACCCUGUAAACAUCUUAGGACAAGUAAAGGCCUGUUGCAAUGAAGAUUUUGGCUGUUCCUCAGUUUCUUGUUUGAUGAUUUUGUCUUUUACUCAAAGUUUUCGCACCAAAUAAAAGACGUUAUAGAAACUCAAAAUCUUGACAAAAGGGAGAUUAUUAACUUAUUUUGAAUAAUUGGUGUGCGAACACCUUGGACUUACUAUAAUAGUACAAGUAAAUUUAAAGAACUGUUAAUGUUUCUAAAGGCUGGUAAAUACUGUCUCUUUUUGAAGGAUAGAGUUAAAUUUUCAGCAUUUCCAGUUUCACACAAUAUCUACAAAUAUGAACCCGACCUUUUGAACACGCUGGCAUUGUAUAACAGAAAUAGGCAUGAUUUGAAAACUCUUCAAAAAUGUUCCCCUGAACAUUGGUGGAGGGUUCAUAAUCAUGCACCAUUCGUUAUGUUGUGCCACCAUAUAUGGGCCUUUUAGGAAAAAGGCAUCUGAUCAUAGAAACUGGGCUCGUGGCUAAGCAAUUUCAUGAUUCCUCUCAACCCCUCUUGACUAGGCCAAGUACUUGACAAAGUUAACAAAAAGUGCUUGAGGUUUCCCUCAUGUAUAUAUAGGGUGUUGGGAAAGUAAUGGACCACUUCAAUUUUCCAGAUGUCCUAACUUUUGUAGAAGUCCAUUGAUGUAAUAGUUCAAUGUUUGUACUUGUAUUUGUUACAAUACAAUUUUUUUUUUACUGCUUUGAAUUUAAUUGGUAAUCAUAAAUCAAAUGGUCCAAAAUGUCCCAUUGCUUUAGAUGUCAAACGUCUUGAAUAGCAUUUUGAAAUGGACUGGUCUAAAGUUCAUUCAUGUUUGUAAAGGAAAUGGAUUUCAGUCGAUAUCUGGAGGAGUGAAUGGAAAAAAUAUUAGAAUUAUUUUUUGUACUAUGAUUGCAAAUCGAGCUGAUUUAAAUGAACUUGGGGUGAUCCAUUUCUUUUGAAACACCCCAUAUUGCCUUUAAAUUAAAAUUGGCACCUCGCCCUUCCAACUCCCAGAUGUGUUUUCCAUCUCUCAAAAUCUCUGGAAGAAGACAUCGUCUGAUUAGUAGAUCUCACAAGUAGCGACAUGGACUACGACGACCUUCUCAAAGAAAUCGGUCUUUGGGGUCCUUGGCAAAAGCAAACCAUCCUUUGCUUGUUGGUUCCAACUAUUGUGACUGGAGCAGCCUUUAUGACGUACAGUUUCACGUUGGGAACGCCCAAUCAGUUUCGAUGCAAAGUGCCGGAGUGUGAAGGACAUCUCGAACGGAUCGAUUAUGACAUAUCUCAUGAGUGGAUUCAGAACCAUCUACCCGAUCCGAAAGAUUUGGACAAAUUUCAAUGUCAGAUGAGAACAUGGACAAACGAGCGCCCCUUUUGCUACAAUUAUUCCAUUGAGACGCCUUCUUCCUUCCAAAGCCAAAGCCAAUUUGAUUAUUGUGAACAGUUCGUAUUCGAUUCAACUGAUUUUGAAUCGACCAUUGUCACCGAAUAUGGGAUUAUCUGUCAAAGGAGACAUUUGAAAUCGAUCUUGGGGAUGGCAAUGAUAGUGAUUUUAGGUCUUGGAGGCUACAUUUUUGGCUACGUAUCGGAUACCUAUGGUAGAAAGCCAGUGAUGUUCCUGACCAUGUUUGCAUGUGUUACAUUCAACGUUCUAAGCACCUUCAGCACAAGUUUCUGGAUGUACAGUGGUCUCUUCCUGGCAGGAUGCCUCUUUCUCAAUGGCAGCUAUAAUGGUUCUUUUAUUAUGUCAGUAGAACUGGUCGGUAAAGAUCAUGCAGCCGCUUGCAGCAUGGCUGUGAACUUUCCAUUUGUUUUGGGAGAGCUCAUUCCAGUCAUUGUGUCUUAUUUCAUCCGGGAUUUUAGACAGAUGAUCAGGGUGGCCUUUAUUCCCUUAUAUUUGAUUUUAUCCCUAUGGUUUGUCAUCCCUGAGUCUCCAAGAUGGCUGUUGGUGAACGAAAAAAUGGACGAGUUCGCUAAAAUCAUCAAGAAAGGAGCUAAAAUAAAUGGAGCAAUAAUCAGUGAAGAGACCAUAAGAUCAACUAAAAAGCAUCACGAAGGGAAUGAGAGUGCCGACGAAUCCUAUUUGGAUAAGAAACAAGUCCAUAUUUGGGAUUUAUUUCGAAGCAGGCGUCUUUUAAAGAGGAUCAUUAUCGUACUCUUCAACUGGUCAGCAGUGGUUUUAUGUUACAAUGGUUUAACCAUGAAUAGCGUCAAUUUAGGAGGAAAUGCACAUUUCAACAUUGCUCUUGCCGUGUUAAUCGAAAUUCCCUCAUACAUAUUUUGCAUCUUAAUCGUUAGUCGGGUGGGUCGAAGACCAACACUUGUCCUGACACAAUUGGCAUGCGCCCUAUUCUGCUUGGCAUCCCUUGCCGUUCCAUCCAGUAGCCCUGACCAAAAGUGGAUUAUUGUCUUGUUUUCCACUUUUGCCAAAUUUGCCACCACUUCUGCCUUUAGUAUGGUGAUUUUACAAACAACAGAAUUGUUUCCUACUUCAGUCAGAAACACUGUGGUAGGAGCGUGCUCUUUGACAUCUCGGAUUGGCGCCAUUGUGGCACCUGUGGUGGCAAACCUGCAACCUGGCCACGAAUAUGUCCCAAUGUUGGUCUUUGGUCUUGUCAGCCUCUUUGCUGGCCUUACUGGCAUCUUCCUCCCUGAAACGCGCGGCAAAUUGUUGCCGGUUACUCUAAGAGAUGCUGAGGAAGAGGACGAUUCUCCUUCACUUUUGGCUUGCUUUGGUUGUCAACCCAAAAAGGAGCCGAACGAAGUCCAAGUUUGAAUGCCCAUUUAUUUAAAUAAUAUGAGAGGCAUAUUAUUACAGGCCAUAUUUGGAAUGUUCAUUUGCAAGCAAUUGGUUUGCAAACCGGUUCAAAACAUGUGAAGAACAGCCCAUUUUAAUCCAAGAAGGAAAGAAGACUUUGAAUUGUGAAGACUUUUAGACCCAAUAUAUGCCUGAUAGCACAUUCUAACCCAAAAUGUUUCAGGUGUAAAGCAAAGGAAUCGCAAUGUAUUGUUUAGGUACAAUAAGAGUUCUUAAAAUCGAUACCUUAUUAUUUAUAAGAGUUAUUUUACUUGUCAAUUUGAAAAAGAUGAACAAAGUGAAGUGACCAAGAGAUGGCAUAAGGUUUAUACGUAGUUAUGGC